AUCACCAUCAGGCACUCCCUGAGCUUCCUGAGCUCUGAGUUCCUAGCAGCUCCGUGACUUCCUCCGUGUGCCAAAAGGAAAGAGCCCUCUGCACUCACAACCACGGUGAAAUCAAUAAUUCAGGACUUCUCAGAGCCAACUUCAGAGCGUGUCACAGGGAAAGGUGAGCAUGGGACAACAAGGGAAGAUGGGAAGCCAUGAGGAACAUCUCCAUGGUUCAGCAGAGAACACCCAGUCCCAGCAGGAGCCCACACUGAGGCUCAUCCUUGUUGGGAGAACAGGGGCCGGGAAGAGUGCCACCGGGAACAGCAUACUGGGCCAGAGACGGUUCCUAUCCAGGCUGGGGGCCACAUCUGUGACCAGGGCUUGCACCACUGCCAGCCGCAGGUGGGACAAGUGGCACGUGGAAGUCGUGGACACUCCAGACAUUUUUAGCUCCGAGGUGCCCAGGACAGAUCCCCGCUGUGAGGAGAGAGGUCACUGCUACCUGCUCUCGGCUCCCGGGCCCCACGCGCUGCUCCUGGUGACCCAGCUGGGCCGGUUCACAGCCCAGGACCAGCAGGCGGUGAAGCAGGUGAGGGACAUGUUCGGGGAGGGCGUCCUGAAGUGGAUGGUCAUCGUCUUCACCAGGAAGGAGGACCUGGCCGGGGGCUCCCUGCACGAUUACGUGCGCGGCUCAGAGAAUCGGGCCCUGCGCGAGCUCGUGGCCCAGUGCGGGGGCCGGGUCUGUGCCUUUGACAACCGGGCGACCGGCCCGGAGCAGGAGGCCCAGGCGGAGCAGCUGCUGGGGCUGGUGGAGGGCCUGGUGUGGGAGCACGAGGGCGCCCACUACUCCAACGAGGUGUACCAGCUGGUGCAGCAGCUGCGCUGGGCGGACCCCGGGGAGAGGCUCCGGAGGGUGGCGGAGCGCGUGGCCAACCGCAUGCGGAGGAGGCGGUGGAGCGCCGGGCUGCGGGCCUGGCUGGGGGCAUGGCCGAAGCCGCCCUGGAGCUGGAGCCUGGGCCUGGCCCUGCUGCUGGGAGGCGCGCUCCUGCGCCGGGUGCUGCUCCCCAGGCGCCAGUUGGAGGUCUUUGCGGAGGUCAAAUCUGACUGACAGAUUGUAAAUGUGGCUCUGAUCCCUCAGCUGAUAAUCGCAUUCAUCCUCCUCGCUUGGUGUUCAGAGCCCACAGACUCUCCUUUCCUCCCUCGCCUCGGCAUAAUCCACCACCUCCACCACCGUAAGAGUUCUGCCGGGACCCAUCUCCCACCAAAACCCCCUCAACCACCCGGCCCUCUCUGAGCAUUCUCCCCACUGAAGCCAAAGGCCACUGAUGCUUUGCCUCUUCUCCAGUGGGCUCAGCUGCGUUUCCCUGCACUGAGAUGUCCUCUCUCUGGAGAGCAGAUGAGGGGUGCUUGUCCCCCAUUCCCGGUCGUCCUGCAGGACCACAGGCAAGAACCAUCCCAAUGCAGAGCCUCAGUCCUGUGCACCCUUGUUUAUUCGAAUGGAAUUUAUUUCCAUAAAUAAAUGUACUGCAUGAUCA